CUAUUGGUGUCAGUAACCAGAGGGAAACCACUGUAGUCUGGGACAAGUUAACUGGAGAACCUCUCUACAAUGCUGUAGCUGCUCCAGUUUCUCCUGGUCCUUCAGAUCCAGCUGCCGUUGUUCCCUCUGGCUCUUCAGUUCCAGCUGCUGGCACUUGCUCAGUGUGGCUUGACCUAAGAACCCAGUCUACUGUUGAGAGUCUUAGUAAAAGAAUCCCAGGAAAUAAUAACUUUGUCAAGUCCAAGACAGGCCUUCCACUUAGCACUUAUUUCAGUGCGGUGAAGCUUCGUUGGCUCCUUGACAAUGUCAGAAAAGUUCAAAAGGCUGUUGAAGAAGAUAGAGCUCUUUUUGGGACCAUUGAUUCAUGGCUUAUUUGGAGCUUGACAGGAGGAGCCAGUGGAGGUGUCCAUUGUACAGAUGUAACAAAUGCAAGCAGGACGAUGCUUUUCAACAUCCAUUCUUUGGAAUGGGAUAAAGAGCUCUGCGAAUUUUUUGAAAUUCCAAUGAAAAUUCUUCCAAAUGUCCGGAGUUCUUCAGAGAUCUAUGGCCUAAUGAAAAUCUCUCAUAGCCCGAAAGCUGGGGCCUUGGAAGGUGUGCCAAUAUCUGGGUGUUUGGGAGACCAGUCUGCUGCAUUGGUGGGACAAAUGUGCUUCCAAGAUGGACAAGCCAAAAACACGUAUGGAACAGGCUGCUUCUUACUAUGUAAUACAGGCCGUAAGUGUGUAUUUUCUGAACAUGGCCUUCUGACCACAGUGGCUUAUAAACUCGGCAGAGAUAAACCUGUAUAUUAUGCAUUAGAA